AUUCAAGCUGUGUCAUCCCUUCAGGUCAGCUAAUCUUUUUCAGGAAAAACAGCAAACGCAUUCUCUUGUAGGCUAACUUGACUGUGGAACAGAGAGAAAUCAGAUCGAAAUGGUUCGAGUCAUAGCUGACGAUGCGAUGUUCCAAGCAGAGCUCAACUCAGCUGGAGUUAAACUUGUAGUCGUUGACUUCACCGCUACUUGGUGUGGCCCAUGUCAGAGGAUGGCCCCGGUGUUUGAGUCUCUGGCCAACAAGUACCCUAAAGCAGUUUUUCUCAAAGUGGAUGUGGACGAGUGCCAGGAGACGGCAGGCAACCAGGGUGUCUCCGCCAUGCCCACCUUUAUAUUCUACAGAAACCGAGUCAAGCUGGACAGACUGCAGGGUGCCGACCCGAACGGGCUUGAGGCAAAAAUCCAGCAGUAUUACGGCACUGAUGAGGCUGAGGAAGAUUCUGGGGUUGCUGGACACAUGGACCUGAACACCUUUAUCCUGAAGCAGCAGUGCGAGUGCAUGAACGAAUCUGAUGAACACCCUUUGGCCGAUUGUCUAACUAGUUCAAGCGACUUCCUUGAAUCUGACUGUGAUGAACAGCUGAUAAUCAGUUUAACCUUUAACCAAGCUGUCAAAGUGCAUUCGAUCAAAUUCAAAGGACCCCAAGAUAAAGGCCCAAAGAAUGUCAAGAUUUUCAUCAACCAGCCCCGCACCCUUGACUUUGAUGCUGCCGAAUCCAAUCAAGCCGUGCAGGAAUUAGAAUUGACUGCUAAGGACUUGGAAGGUGCUCCAAUGAAUUUGCGUUUUGUCAAGUUCCAAAACGUGCAAAACAUUCAGUUGUUCAUCAGCAGCAACCAGGCUGGCACCGAGACAACGCAAAUCGACCAUCUGGUAAUUUUGGGCUCACCCAUUUGCACAACCAACAUGGGAGAAUUCAAGCGGGUUGCAGGAAAGAAAGGCGAGAGUCACUGAAGCGUUAAAUAAUGGUUCAUUGAAAAUGAUUCCACUCUUUUGUAUCAUGGAGAACUAAAAAUAAACUUAUUAUUUAUCGCCUCGAACUGGAAGCUAUGUUAUGGCAUUGCGUUGGAGUCCACCUUGCAAAACUUAAAUAUAAACAUGAGAGCAAACUUGAGUGUUAUUAAUAAAAUUACCUUUUACCUUUUUUGAGCUAAAAAUAUUGUGAUGCGGGAAAUUAAUAAAUAAUUGAAAUUUUGAGUCCACAUUGAGCAA